AUGGAAAACGUGCGCGAAGCAAAACGCGCUAAACCGGGACCUAAGCCUAGUGCUGUGUUGGAUUAUUUCGAAGAAGUCGGUGACUAUAGCUCUAGCUCCAAGCGCUAUGCUCGCAAGUGCAAGUUCUGCUUGACAACCUUCCCCGCUCACAGAGCCAAAGUGGAAUCCCUCAUUGCGCACGUAGCAUCCCAAUGCAAGUGCAUCCCUCCGGCCGUCUGUGCCGACUUCUGCUCACGGCACGCGGCAGAGGUAGCGGCCAAAACUGCGGAGGCUGCGUGCGACUCCAUCCCGGCGGAACAGCUCUCAACAAGCAGCACAGCAGCUGCCAGCAGUCAGGGGGGAACUGCCUCGGCCACGCGAGGAACCUCACGAGCGACUGGCAAGGGCCAGCUUUCGAUCCACAAGUUCAUCGAUGCACCGAUGCCCAAGGCAACGGAACUGCUGAUCGAUAAGAAGUUAACUCGGGGAAUGACUUGGUCAUGCGUCUGUAUUUUUUUCGGUCGUCUAUAUCCUGAAGACCCGUCUAUUAGACGAGUCGUCUACAAUAGUUCGUCUAAAGUCGAGUCGUCUAUACAUGUCGUCUAUAGUCGAUUCAUCUAUUGUAGACGAAGAAUAGACGAUGGGUAG